AUGAUUCUGCUCAGUAGUUUAACCGGUACGAAUGUUCGCGGUGGGAUGGGAGCGAUUGUAAGUAAACCAGCGGCCUCUUCCGCAAGAUGUCCAGUUUAUUACAUGAUUGGGUACGCACUCGCUUCAGAUUAUGUGAAAAAUCAAAACCAAAUCGCUCACAAGGGCCAUCUGUUAUUCAUUAGCGCUCGAGGGACCGGCGAGGGACCCAAUGGAUCUAUAGGCUAUGCUUCCCUCUACGAGAAGGCUAUGGUCCAGGUACAAGCUCUGAACUACAAGGAAAUUCCUCGAGGUAAAAUUAUAGCCGUGGUUCUAUUUGGAAAUCCUUACUUCAGGGCUGGUGCGCCUCAAAACAAAUGCGGCGGGGAUACUGGGAUGGGAAACAUGUCGAAGUCUGGUGUCAAGAUGCCAGAUCAACUCGCCGAUAGGGUGUUUGACUGCUGCGCGCCUCGCGAUGAAGUGUGCCAGUCAUUUUUUUUUUUUUUUUUUUUUGUACGGAUUAUUUCUAACGGAAGCAGACAGCCCCAUCACUCUUACGUUGGCAAACACGAAGACGAUGCAACUGGAUUUGUGAUUCAGAAGCUGAGGGCCAAGUUGUAUGGUGCCACCCCUCGUCAGAAGAGAAUCUCAUGA